GCCAACUCUUAACCUCGUUGCCCUGGGACCUCUAGUCGGGUUUAGGGUCUAUCCCUCCCAUAGGCCGUGACCCCAUUCUGAGGGCAUGAUUGAUCCCAGUGUCUUGGACCCUCAGGCCCCUACAGCAUUGACAUUCUCAAUCCCUGAGGGAUUUGCGUGGGUGUCAACAUGUACGGGCAGAAUUGAGUCUUGAACCCAUCCCCCUAAAUCUUUGGGGUGCUGGCCACAUCUUUUAGUUUCUCUGGUCUGGGCGGUGGGCUGGAGUAGGCACUGAAGUCCUGUAUCCCUAACGAAAGUGUAUUUUGGCGCUUUGGGGGCUAGGGCUGUCCCAGAUCCUUUGAGCCACGAAAACGAAACCUUUGGUGCAGAGACAGGGGAGGCCCGGGUGCAGCCUGAGGUGCAGCCUGGGGUGCGACUUUUACAAGGCUUAGGCGGUGCCCUCAGUGAGGACAUUUCAAGGUCUUUAUCUGUUUGGGGUUUCUAAGUCCCUUUACUAAGCCUCCUCCCACCCCGCCCAAGAGUCUCAAAGGGGGACACGCCCCCUUGAUGCCCCAGGUGUUCCUUCCUGGGAUGUAACUGGGAGGGGUGUCGAAGUCCAUCAGGGAAUUGGAUGCAGCAGAGCCGGGGAGACUACAACUCCCAGAGGUCUCAGGGCUGCAAUUCUCUUCUGUGGUCUGGACUCUCAUUAGUGACAAAUCAGCCGGCCAAUGGCUUCAGAAACUUCACCCUGUCUCAAACUCGGAGACCAAUCACAGAGUGCUUGGACGGAUGUUUCCUAUUUUGAGGCAUCCACUCUGGAAAAAAAAUGAUUGUCGAUGUUAUUGUUGGGAAAGACGAAAAAGGCAGAAAGAUCCCAGAAUAUCUGAUUCAUUUUAAUGGUUGGAACAGAAGCUGGGAUAGAUGGGCAGCCGAAGAUCAUGUGCUUCGUGAUACAGAUGAAAAUCGUAGAUUACAGCGUAAAUUGGCAAGAAAAGCUGUAGCUCGCCUGAGAAGCACAGGAAGAAAGAAGAAGCGCUGUAGGUUGCCUGGUGUUGAUUCUGUCUUAAAAAGUCUCCCUGUUGAAGAAAAAGAUGAAAAUGGUGAAAAUUCCAUAAGCAGUUCCUCUGAUGACAGUGGUGAAGAAAAGGAUGAAGAAAUAAGUGAAGGAAGUGAUAGUGAAGAAAAGACUGAAGUGAAAGAAGAACUAGAGCUGCAAACAAAAAAAGAAAUGGAAGAAAGGACAAUAACUAUAGACAUCCCCGAAGUUCUGAAGAAGCAGCUUGAAGAUGAUUGUUACUAUAUUAACAGGAGGAAACGGUUAGUGAAACUUCCAUGCCAGACCAACAUCAUAACUAUUUUGGAAUCCUAUGUGAAGCAUUUUGCUAUUAAUGCAGCCUUUUCUGCCAAUGAGAGGCCUCGUCACCAUCAUGCUAUGGUACACGCCAAUAUGAAUGUGCAUUAUGUCCCAGCAGAAAAAAAUGUGGACCUUUGUAAGGAGAUGGUGGAUGGAUUAAGAAUAACCUUUGAUUAUACUCUCCCACUGGUUUUGCUCUACCCAUAUGAACAAGCUCAGUAUAAAAAGGUGACUUCGUCUAAAUUUUUUCUUCCAAUUAAGGAAAGUGCCACAAACACUAAUAGGAGCCAGGAAGAGCUCUCUCCAAGCCCACCUUUGUUGAAUCCAUCUACACCACAGUCCACAGAGAGUCAGCCUACCACUGGUGAACCAGCCACCCCCAAGAGGCGCAAAGCUGAGCCAGAAGCACUGCAGUCUCUGAGGCGGUCCACACGCCAUAGCACCAACUGUGACAGGCUAUCUGAGAGUAGCGCUUCACCUCAGCCCAAGCGAAGGCAGCAGGACACAUCCUCCAGCAUGCCCAAAUUAUUCCUGCACCUGGAAAAGAAGACACCAGUUCAUAGCAGAUCAUCUUCCCCCAUUCCUCUAACUCCUAGUAAGGAAGGGAGUGCUGUGUUUGCUGGCUUUGAAGGGAGAAGAACUAAUGAAAUAAAUGAGGUCCUCUCCUGGAAGCUUGUGCCUGACAAUUACCCACCUGGUGACCAGCCACCACCACCCUCUUAUAUUUAUGGGGCACAACAUUUGUUGCGAUUAUUUGUAAAACUUCCAGAAAUCCUUGGAAAGAUGUCCUUUUCUGAGAAGAAUCUGAAGGCUUUACUGAAGCACUUUGAUCUCUUUCUGAGGUUUUUAGCAGAAUACCAUGAUGACUUCUUCCCAGAAUCUGCUUAUGUUGCUGCCUGUGAGGCACACUACAGCACCAAGAACCCCAGGGCAAUUUAUUAAAGUUUUAAUGGUUCUAUAAGAACAGUUGCUCUGUCUGUCUGGCUUUGUAUUCUGGGUUCCAGGUUAAGAACUGAUGAGGUACUCAGCUUUCUUUACAGAGAGCACAAACACUGGGCCCACCCUGGAGGGCUCUGUGAGAGGCAGGCUCUGUUAUUUGAGUUGCCCACAUACUGUAGUUCUUUGAGUUGUUUGUUAUAAAUUACUUUCUAGGUGCCUGAACAUGCUGUGAUGUCACAUUUGCUGCUGCACAGGCCAUCUGUGAUGGCAGGAAAAGAACAGUUGUGUUCAUAAAGAAAUGUUCAUGAAAGCGUACAUAGACAGUUGUUUUGGUAGAUGUUGCAGUUUGUUGUUAGCAAGAACCACAUUGUUUAGUUAUUUGUUAGCAUUAAACAAAAUAUUUUUGCAAACUAUUUUCAUUCUUAAGAGGAGGCUAAGCAACUCUGUUCAACGAAUUGUAGUUUGUACUUAGAAAGUGCAAAAUAGUCUCAAAAGUACUUUAGAGGGAAUUGAUAUUGACGGCAAAAGAACUUGCAGCUAUACAUUUGCUUGUAACAGUUCCCUCUCUGUGAAACAUUAUUUUUGGUUAUCUAAAUAUAUCUAAAUAAUGUGAAAACAUUAUUUUUGGUUAUCUAAAUAAAGCAUUGCCUGUCUUGUUGGAGACUUUACAGCUAUACUUUGUUGUGUAAUGUUAUGGUUCCAUUUCUAUAAAGUGUUAUUUUUGGUGAUCUAAAUAAAGUGUCGCCUGUUUUGUUUGAAAGAA